ACAGUCUGAAGAUAACCAAAUGUCAGAAAAAUUAAAAAUAAAGGAUUUUCAAAGGGGUUUCAUCACUUUCGUUACGAUUCGCUAUAAAAUGUUAUUUUUGAGUUAAAAAGUGUUUUUUCGCAAUUGAUUUAGUUUUUACAGAGAUUUGUGAUAGCUGAUUUGUUUAGAACAUUGUUAUUCUGCACAUUCGAAAGAAGCCAUUUGAAAAUGAAGCUUUUAAAGAACACUUGGCCUUUUCGGCUUGGGCAUAGGAAGAAACUUAAUCGCUGUGUAAGCACUUGGUCUCCAUUGGCCACAGCUUUCAACACUCGGCCAACAUCAAGACCUAUUUUUGACUCAUUGCGUGAAAGAACUGGACUCUUCAACAAGCCAGAAUUAGUUAGUUUCGAAGGGUUUUUCAGUAUGAGAGAUCAGGCAAUAGCAGCCACAGACCGAUUGAUAGAAGAAGCUACUUCAAACCCAUCCCGGCCCAUGGUGGAGAUUUUUGAUGAACUUUCAGACACCUUGUGCAAGGUGGCUGACCUAGCAGAGUUUGUGAGGAUAGCUCACCCACAGUCCCAUUUCGCAAGUGCUGCUGAAGAUGCUUGUAUAAGUGUUAGUGGUGUUGUUGAGAAGUUAAACACUCAUAAAGGUCUAUAUGAAGCCUUAAGAGACUCUGUGAAGCGUGGGACUUCAGGAGACCAGCAUUUAGCUGAGUUGUUCCUCUUCGAUUUUGAGCAGAGUGGCAUUCAGUUAGCUGAGGAGCGACGGCGGAGGGUCGUAGCUCUUAACGAUCUCAUACUUCAAACUGGACAGAGGUUCAUGGCAGGAGCGGCGAAACCGAGAAGGGUACCGCGAUCUGCUGUACCUAACAAUGUUAGACAAUUUUUCAGUAGUGAAGGUGACGAUAUAAUAGUGAGCGGAGUGUACGCGGAGUGCAGCGAGGCGGCGGCGCGCGAGGCCGCGUACCGGCUGUACCUGGCGCCCGACAAGCAACAACAUCAGCUACUGUCCACUACACUCGACGCCAGGCACGAAAUGGCCACUAUAUGUGGCUUCCAGAGUUACGCUGAUAGAGCAAUAAAAGCUAGUACAAUGGAAACUGCAGCGAACGUGAGACAGUUCCUGGACAUUCUCUCAGACAAUCUAUAUGACAGAGCUAAGAUGGACUUCGAUGCUAUGCUGCAAAUGAAGAUGAAGGAGACUCCAUACUUGAACUCUUUGAUGUGCUGGGACACGCCUUACUUCACGCAAAAAGCGAAGACACAGCUCUUGAAUGUAGCUAACUCCGAUUUCAGUCCUUACUUUUCGUUGGGCGGGUGUAUGGAAGGCUUGAACAUGCUCUGCGAAGAGUUGUAUGGCAUCAGUUUGAAGUCAGAGGAGAUGUUACCAGGUGAAUCCUGGUCUCCGGAUGUAUACAAACUAGCAGUGGUGCAUGAGACAGAAGGCCUACUAGGCUACAUCUACUGUGAUCUGUACGAGCGGCCUGGUAAACCACACCAAGACUGCCACUUUACUAUACAGGGUGGGAAGCUGUUGCCCGAUGGAAGCUACCAGAACCCGAUAGUGGUGGUGAUGCUGUCACUGAGCGGAGGCCACCGGUCGGGGCCGGCGCUGCUGUCGGCGGGCGGCGUGGACAACCUGUUCCACGAGGUGGGCCACGCGCUGCACUCCAUGCUCGGCCGCGCCCCGCACCAGCACGUCGCCGGCACGCGCUGCGCCACCGACCUCGCCGAGGUGCCCUCCGUACUCAUGGAGUACUUCGCCGCCAGCCCACAGGUUAUCCGUCGUUUCGCACGUCACUUCCAAACACGGGAGCCGAUGCCUGAAGACAUGCUAAACAGACUGUGCGCUUCUAAACACUUAUUUGGAGCUAGCGAAAUGCAACUACAGGUAUUCUAUUCGGCGUUAGACCAGCACUACCAUGGACCAGACGCAUCGUCCCGUGGCAGGACAACAGAAGUGUUACAAAGAGUACAGAAACAAUAUUACGGACUUCCUUACGUUGAAAAUACUGCAUGGCAACACAGGUUCAGCCACCUAAUAGGGUAUGGCGCGAAGUACUAUUCAUACCUGAUCUCUCGUGGCAUCGCGUGGAGCGUAUGGCACAAAUACUUCCAAGAUGACCCACUGUCGAGGUCAGCUGGGGAUAAUCUUAGACAGGGAUUGUUACGACACGGAGGUGCUGUACCGCCCAAGAUUUUACUCCGCGACUAUUUACAAGAAGAAGUAACGCCGACGACGCUAGCAAAUGCUCUUGCAGAGGAACUCGACUAUCACAAGGACCAUUUAGACACAGUACUCAAAGUAAUAAACAAAUGAUCUA